AUUUGUUUCUCAUUAAUUUAGGCACUUAGGAUGAAUGGCUACAUACUUCUUGGUCGCCCUGUGAUCAUUGAUUUGGCUCGUAAAAGGGGUUCCUAUAACCCCCAAGAUGGGAAGGAAAAUGCUUCUAACAGAAUAGGCGCGCAAGAUCUAGGUCAAGAUCCAGGUCACACGGUUUUUGUUAAAGGCUUUGCCAAAUCACUUAAAGAAGAUCAGAUUCGAAGCUCCUUGAUGGAACAUUUUGGAUCGUAUGGCAAGAUUUUACGCGUUUCUAUUCCACAGGACAAUAUGACCGGUCGUUCUAAAGGGUUUGCAUACUUGUUGUUCAAUGACCAAGCCAGUGUUUCCAAGGCUCUUGAGCUCAGUGGUACUAAACUUGGGGGCUAUACCUUGACUGUUCAAGAACCAGCACCUAAGAGUGGUUCCGGUGAUGGUUCAUUUAGUGGGGGAAGAGGCCGGGGAGGAAGGUCAGCUGGUCGCGGUGGGGGUCAUGAUGAUGGUGGCAGGGGACAUGGCAUAGGUGGAAGGGGAUCAGGAGCUUCUUAUAACAAAAAUGCUACCACACCUAGCGAAGGUCUGCCUUCUUAUCUUUGAAACUUGGUUUCUGUU